AAAGAAUUUAAAUACAAGCUCUCCCGCCCAACUUUUCUUGCAUAUUUCAGCGAGCACCGGACAGCAUGUCGGAACACACAGGACACCAUCAUUCGCCUACACAUAUGGGACACCAUCAUCACGGACACCACCCACAAGGGUGCAAGGGCGCAAACCUUGUUCAACACGACUUUAAUGACAAGGCUGCCAAGUGGGAUGAGAAUCCCUUAGUGCACGAGCUGGCUAAUAAGGCAUUGGAAAGCAUUAAAACUCAUGUACCACUGAGAGAUGACAUGAAUGUCUUGGACUUUGGCUGUGGAACUGGGAACCUCUCUUUUCUACUCCUUCCCUUUGUGCAGCAUGUCCACGGCGUCGACAGCGCCGAAGGCAUGAUUGAACAAUUUCAGAAAAAGAUUCAACAAGGCGCACAGACCCGUCUCUCGUGCGAAGCCCUCAACCUCAGUGAGCCGUAUCCCAAACAAUUAUCAACCCAAUACGAUUUGAUCGUAUCUCAUGUAGCAUUCCACCACAUUGAGAAUGUUCCGGGGAUGAUCAAUCUGCUAGCCAGUCACCUUAAACCUGGCGGAUACCUGGUGAUUUCGGACUUGCAGAAAACACCAACAGCCGAGGAAUUUCAUAGCAAAAAGCAGGCUGAUACGGUAUUUCAUCACGGAUUUGACCCUGAGACACUGGGGGCGUGGAUGAAAGCAGACCUGUCGACGGUUGAGAUUCACAAGGACGCCUAUAGCGUGAAAAAGAAGGUGGAAGAUGGUCAGCACGCGGGAAUGUUGAAUGACGUUGCUUGCCUGUUGGCUGUGGGGAGGAAGGAAUAAGAAGGAGGUUGUGGUGGGAUCUGCGAUUUCCUGUUGCGAUCAAAUGGCCCAUGGCAUGUUGAACGUUCCGUAUAGUUUCUCAACCCAUGUCACCGUCGUGGAGUUGACGUUUGGUAGACUAAAUAAUAAUGAAGAUCUACACUAUAAA